AUGAAAAUUUAUACUAUUCCUUAUAAUGAAUCUACGGAUUUUGUAUUCAAAAAUAAAAAUAAUCUAAACGAUGAAAAUCUCAUAAGAAGACCCCCAUUACCACAGCUAUUAAAAAAAGACAACCAUUUAAUUAAACCAGAAGAGGCACCAUUAAAUAAAAGAAAUUUUAUCUAUUCUCCUUGCCAAGCCAACCCAUUAUUCACUAAACUAAAAUUUGUUACUACAGAAUACGCCAUUGAAAAUGAUGAUAUAGGUGGUUUAAGUCUCACAGACAAAAGCGACGAAAUUUAUCUAACUGAAAAUAAUUUUUUCCAUCAAUGCACAGUACCCAAAAAAUACGGGUGGAGAUCCAUUAAAUCUGAGGUAGCCAUAAAAGAAGGCCUUUGUUAUUUUGAAAUUAGAAUAUUGCAUAACGAUAAUAUUAAUUCUAAUAUCAGGUUUGGCAUAUCCAGAAGAGAAGCUUCUUUAGAGGCCCCAAUCGGCUAUGAUUCUUACGGGUACGGCAUUAGAGAUAAAACGUUAGAAAGUGUUCAUUGUGGAAAAUUAAAAACAUUCAGUAAAUAUAAACUUUCCUUAAAAAAAGGCGACAUUGUGGGUGUUUUGGUUAAACUUCCUACUAUGGAGCAACAAUUAGAACAAUGUUUACUGUUUAAAGAUAAACAACUACAAAAAUAUACUAUCAAGAAUCCUCGUAAAAAAUUAAGCAAACAGCAGGAAUUUGAAAGAGAUCUGUUAUUGAAUUGUGAUCCAAGUGAUAUACUAAGAGAUCAAAUAGCAAUUAGAUAUAAGAACCAGUUAUAUUUUGAAGCUACAGAUUAUGUUAAAGCUAAAAGGGAAUCAGACUCAACUACCACUGGAAAACGCCAAUUGGACUCAGACGAUCCUAUAAAGGCAACAAACUAUGAAGAGACUGAUAAUUUUUAUUUAGAAGAUUCAUUUAUGAAGAUCUAUCUAAAUGGCGAAGAAAUGGGCUGUAGUUUUACCCAGCUGCUACCAUUUUUACCCCCUUUUAGUGAAUUAAAAUAUAAUGAUAAAUUUUAUUACAAUUUUUGGAAAACCGGUAAACAUGAGGAACAGCAACAUAAGCUGGAUUCAAAUACCGAUGUAAUUGAAGGCCUAUCUGGAGAUAAUAACAUUGGGGCUGGUUUAAACACAAAAACAGCAACAACAGGUGUUAUUUUGAAAAAUAAAUAUGCUAAUAAUAGUAAGCUGGGAUAUUAUCCAACAAUAAGUUGUUUUAAUGGAGGUGAGUCUGAGUUAGUUACGACUAAGGAUAAAUUAAGAUAUUAUGAUCAAAUAUUAAAAGAAUAUCAAAAUGCAAAGACUUUACAGGAUAUAUAUAAAUUACAAGUAGCCGAUGAUAUUGUAUGGGACAUUAUAGAUGAAGUAGAGGCAGAAUUUACUGAAUGA